AUGGCUGGCAGUGUAGCACUUUUUACUUUGUUGCUAUUUCAUCUGGCUGUCGAAGCCAGAAGUCAAGAUAGUCAGACUGAGUUUUGCGAUACUGCUCCUGACGAUGGUCUUCGAUUUUGGUGCCUCCAGCUCCGGCAGAUGGAUAGAAUGGCUCGUAGACUGGAUAAUGGUUCUGUGAUCCCUUCUUUAAAGAGGACUUUUAACACACCUGCUCAAACCAUAUACGAAUGUUUUGAUCUACGAUGUGUUUGUGGAUUUAUGGGAGGAAAUAUGGGAUCUGGCAGGUGUGUAUUACGUAACGGAGCAGUUCUUGGUCAAGCUUUUCGAAGGGAAUACCGUGUUCUCAGCGAUGCUGAGCGAAAUAGAUUUCACUCAGCUAUGUGGGCAAUAAAGAACUCAGGAGUGUACGAUUACUUUGCACGGAUUCAUUCUCGUUUCGCAAUCGCCACUGGAGCUCAUGCGGGCCCCGCUUUUAUGCCAUGGCAUAGAGAAUAUCUGAAAAGAGUAGAAUUUGCUCUUCGAACAGUUGAUGCAUCUGUGGCCAUACCGUACUGGGAUUCCACCUUAGAUAGUCGUUUACCCACUCCAUCUCAUUCUGUGAUGUUUAGUAGCGAAUUGAUGGGUGGAUCACGAGCUGGGGAAGUGAGAGAUGGCGCAUUCCGAGGUUGGAUGCUUGAGAAUAGAACUCGAGUGAUCAGACGUGCUGUUGGAGCUCAAUCAGCGCCAAUGAAUGUGUCCACAUUUUUCACUUACGUUAACUCUCCUAACAUUCAGCAAAUUCUUUCAUCGCCUGCUGCUCAAAACGGAUGUCCCAUACCGCCCUCUUGGAGAUCUCUUGAGCUUUCUCAUGGCUCACCACAUCUCUUUGUUGGCGAAGAUAUGGUGCUUACUGCGAGUUCCGCUAACGAUCCAAUUUUUUUCCUACAUCACUCAUUCGUCGAUUUCAUUUGGGAAUUAUGGCGACAAGGAGUUCAACCCAGGCAGUUUCGAGAAAAUGACUAUCCAAGAGAUAAUAUUCAAUGUAGCAGCCGUGCUCAUUUUGCAUUUGCUCCUAUGCUUCCUUUCACUCCUAUGCUAAACAUCGAUGGCUUAAGCAAUGAAUACACAGGUUUUCUC